GCGAAAGAUAAUCGCUGACAGGCGUAAUUAUGAUUUCAAUUCUUGUCAACUCUUUCAAUAAUUUUCUUGGUAAUCUUGAAGGUCGCGUGCAUGCCUCUGAGAUAUCAGAGAGUGAACUUGUCCCUGUUCACUCUUUGUUCUAAGAGGUUUCUGCCGUACAAGUCGGCGUAUUUCAAAUUGCUUGUUUGGAUCAGACGGCGCAGGGCUGCUGACCUGAAUGGUAAACAUCGGUCGUUAUUUUGUUUGAUUUUCUUUUCACCAUUUGCGUAGAUCGAAUUGACGUGCUCUUGUUUCCUAUCGACUAUAAUGUUGUCGUAUGAUGCAAGGGAGUUGACCCUCGUGCCCAACUAGGCACUUC